UUGUUUUUAAACAGAUUUUUUCCUUUGUUUUUCUUUUUUCUUUUUUUUCCCCCCUCUCCCCCUGCGAGGGCUGCGGCCGCCUGGUGAUAAAAGGCCGGGGCGGCCAGAGCUGGCUCAGAGGGAGGAAAUGCCGAAAUUGCAGCAUUUCGACUCGGCGGCGAGCGCCCACUGACCCAUCCCGGCAAAGAGCGGCGUCACGGCCACCCGGGCAGCGGUGGUGCAUCCCCACCCGCAGCACCCUGCUCUGCCCCCCCCCAGCGCCACGGGGACCCCCACGCCAUGCAGGCGCUCAGCCUUGGCCUCGUGGCCCUGACCUGCGCCACGACGGCACUGUGCGCAGCCGGAGCCCAGCGCCGGGCGCUGGAGGGGGGCAGCCGCCGGCAUUACCACCGGGUGCAGCACGGCCACUGCAGCUACACCUUCGUGCUGCCUGAGGCCGACCCACCACCCUGCCCGGCUGCCCCCGCCGCCCCCAGCCCUGCCAAUGCGCUGCUGCAGCGGGACUCACCGGCCGGCACCGUGCACACCGGCCACGGGGCCACCCAGCGCCUGCGGCACCUUGAGAGGAUCCUGGAGAACAGCACCCAGUGGCUGCUGAAGCUGGAGAGCUACAUCCAGAUGAGCAUGAAGCCGGAGAUGGCGCAGCUGCGGCAGACGGCGGUGCAGAACCAGACCGCCACGAUGCUAGAGAUCGGCAGCACCCUCCUCAACCAGAGCGCCGAGCAGAGCCGCAAGCUCACGAGCGUGGAGGCCCAGGUGCUGAACCAGACAUCACGCAUCGAGAUGCAGCUACAGGAGAACUCCCUGUCCACCACUAAGCUGGAGAAGCAGCUGCUGCUGCAGACGAAUGAGAUCCACAAGCUGCAGAACAGGAACAACAUCCUGGAGGUGCGGGUGCUGGAGAUGGAGACGAAGCACCAGGCAGAGCUGGCGGGGGCCCGCUCGGAGAAGGAGAAGCUGCAGCACCUGGUGAGCCGGCAAAGUGGCACCAUCGAGGAGCUGGAGAAGUCGCUGCUGGCUGCCAGCACCAACACCAGCCUGCUCCAGCACCAGCAGCUCCAGCUCCUUGAGACGGUGCAGAGCCUGGUGCGCCUUGUCUCGCAGGGCAGAGCCCCACUGCUGGGGCAGCAGCAGCUCUUCCAGGACUGCGCCGAGGUGCGCCGGGCGGGCAUCCAUGCCAGUGGUGUCUACACCCUCCACAUCACCAACCUCAGCGAGCCCAAAAAGGCAUACUGUGACAUGGAGAUGGACCGAGGGGGCUGGACAGUCAUCCAGCUUCGUGCCAACGGCAGCCUCAGCUUCCAGAGAAGCUGGAAGGAGUACAAGCAGGGCUUUGGGGACGCAGCAGGCGAGUACUGGAUGGGUAACGAGGCUGUGCACCUCCUGACCAGCCAGGCACCCUAUGCCCUGCGCAUCGAGCUGCAGGACUGGGAGGGCGGCCAGGUCUAUGCCCACUAUGGGAAAUUCCAGCUGGGAAGCGAGCAGCAGCUUUACAGGCUGUCGCUGCAGGACUACAGUGGCACAGCCGGGCAGCAGAGUGGAAUGGCGCUGCAGGGCACCCGCUUCAGUACCCGUGACGCCGACAAUGAUAACUGCCUCUGCAAGUGCGCCCAGAUGCUGUCGGGAGGCUGGUGGUUCGACGCCUGCGGUCUCUCCAACCUGAAUGGCAUCUACUAUCCAGCCCGGCACAACAUCCGCAAGCUCAACGGCAUCCGCUGGCACCACUUCCAGGGGCCCAGCUACUCCCUGAAGGGCACCCGCAUGCUGAUCCGACCCACCAGCUUCUAGCGUGCUGGCAGUGGGGCAGCACCGUAACCGGUGCCAGCCUGGCACGGAGAGAGGGCUCCAGGAGAAGGGAUGGUUGCAGGAGACUGAGCCCUCCCAGCCGCCGCAGGGGAACUUUUCCCCCAGUUAUAUUUUUUACUCUUGUUUAUCCCAUCUUCCAAGAGCCUGCACAUUAAGGACCAGAGGGACCCACAGGCAGUGACAAGGGGCUCUGGUGCUGCAGGAGCUGGUGUGGGGGCUCUGCCUUGAACCAGCCCCUCUGCAGUGGGCUUCGGCACAUGGAAACCACUCGAUCACACCUCGGUUUCUCUCCCUGUCCUGCAGGGCCUCCGAUUUUUGUUCUGGGGACAGGGGUCCAAGACCUGCCGGGCCCCCCUGCACACUCAGCUGGGCUCCAAGGCACGACAGGGGCUUUGCCUUAUUUUUGGGCAUUGCAAAGCGCCCACCAUCCCGCUUUCCCCAUGGGAUUAGGGGAGCUGGAGAGGAUGGGUAUCCUCACGAGUGCAAGAAGCCAGUGCCAUCCCUCCUGCCCAGGCAUGGCUGUGCAGGGGGAUACAGGCCAUCCCCUCUGCCGUGCAUGGCCCAAGCCACUGUCCCCAUGCAAAGCAGCACAGGCACUGCUCCUUGCAGGAUGGGACUGAGCGCCUCCAGCCCCCAGGGUGCACGAGAUGAGCAGGGGUUGUCUUUGGGGACCCUGGGGGGACCAGCCCUAGGCUGGAAGGUGCUCGCUGCAGGGGGGCUGCACUGGCAGGGGCAGGCAGAGCCCCAGAAUGGGCAGGUUAGGGCUGAGGGGU